CUGGGGAGCCGCCCUGGCACUGCCCGACCCUAACAAAGGGAAUCGGGCAGCGCGCCUCGCGAGCGAUCGGUGGGCUCAGCGGCUGCCGCGUCCUUCCCGGCUGAGAGCGCUGCAAGCAGGGGUAAAGCCAGCUGUGCAAGCUCUGCAGCCAGCAGUGGAGAGAGACACAAUCCGUGCCCUGGAAGUCAACUGAAAUGAACUGGCCCCCUUGAGGCUUCCCCAAAUACCUGGUCCCCACUUUCCAGUCCGAUGCUGAGAUGGUUUUUGAUCAUCCUGAGAAAAAUGAGCCUUGGCCUCCAGACCUAGUAAAGUAAACCUCUUUCCCAUGGAGAACAGUGCUGGCUCCUGAGGACCUGGAGGGCCCGCAGCCCCAGAGGGAUUCGCCAGAAGCAGGCUUGGUUCCUGCUCCAAACAGUGGCUCUCCUGCCUGUACCAUUCAUUAUGAUUCAUACCAACUUGAAGAAAAAGUUCAGCUGCUUCAUCCUGGUCUUUCUCCUGUUUGCAGUCAUCUGUGUGUGGAAGAAAGGGAACGAUUAUGAGGCUCUUACAUUGCAAGCCAAGGAAUUCCAGAUGCCGAAGAGCCAGGAGAAAGCCGCCAUGGGGCCUGCAUCCCAGGCUGUGUUCUCAAACAGCAAACAAGACCUUAAAGAAGGCAUUCAGAUCCUCAGUAACCCGAGGGUCACAGCCAAGGUCAAACCACAGCCCUCCUACCAGGUGUGGGAUAAAGACUCCACAUACUCAAAAGUUAACCCCAGGCUGCUGAAGAUCUGGAGGAACUAUCUGAACAUGAAUAAAUAUAAAGUCUCCUACAAGGGGCUGGGGCCAGGAGUCAAGUUCAGUGCAGAAGCGUUGCGUUGUCACCUUCGAGACCAUGUGAACGUGUCUAUGAUAGAGGCCACAGAUUUUCCCUUCAAUACCACUGAAUGGGAGGGUUACCUGCCCAAGGAGAACUUUAGAACCAAGGCUGGCCCUUGGCACAGGUGUGCCGUCGUCUCUUCUGCGGGAUCUCUGAAAAACUCCCAGCUCGGUCGAGAGAUUGAUAAUCAUGAUGCAGUCCUGAGGUUUAAUGGGGCACCUACAGACAACUUCCAACAGGAUGUGGGCACGAAAACUACCAUUCGUCUAAUGAACUCUCAGUUAGUCACCACAGAAAAGCACUUCCUUAAGGACAGUUUGUACACUGAAGGAAUCCUAGUUGUAUGGGACCCAUCCGUGUAUCAUGUAGAUAUUCCAAAGUGGUAUCAGAAGCCAGACUACAAUUUCUUCGAAACCUAUAAGAGUUACCGAAGACUUCACCCCAGCCAGCCUUUUUACAUCCUCAAGCCCCAGAUGCCAUGGGAACUAUGGGACAUCAUUCAGGAAAUCUCUCCAGAUCUGAUUCAGCCAAAUCCUCCAUCCUCAGGCAUGCUGGGUAUCAUCAUGAUGAUGACGCUGUGUGACCAGGUGGAUAUUUAUGAAUUCCUCCCAUCCAAGCGCAAGACGGACGUGUGCUACUAUCACCAAAAGUUCUUUGACAGCGCCUGCACGAUGGGUGCCUACCACCCGCUCCUCUUUGAGAAGAAUAUGGUGAAGCAUCUCAAUGAAGGAACAGAUGAAGACAUUUAUUUGUUUGGGAAGGCCACCCUGUCUGGCUUCCGGAACAUUCGCUGUUGAGCACAGUGUUCUUAGCCAGGCACCCUCAUCUUUCUCCAUAAGUCAUUUUAUGGCUACUCUCCUGGUUA